AGACCACCGCCAUCACCACCGUUGCAACAACAACAUGAACAACAACAAUCACCCUCCUUAUCCUGUCACAAACGACAGGAUUGGAAUUAUUAUCGAGUUCCAUGCGAUAAAUGCAUGUACUUUCUCCAAAGACAAUAGAUGUCGGAUACGAGGGAUCAAACGUUUCAACACGAACGCAUCUCUAAUGAUUUAAGUAACGAUCUGCAACGCCCUCGGCUACGCAGAGACAGCAUAUGGUGAAAUUCUAGACGAUCUUUUUUCAACAGUUCAAAUACCUCUACAGAUGUGUUUUUCACUGUCUCUCUCUCUCUCUCUCUCUCUCUCUCUCUCUCUCUCUCCUUCCUUUUUUCUCUCUCUCUCUCUUUCUUUCUUUCUCUCUCUUUCUUUCUCUGUAGCCAUGAUAGACUUUGUAUAUAUAACAAGCUUCUCUUGCAUACGUUUCUUUUGCUAUAAAUAGAGGACUACUACUAUUUUACUUCUCGCACUCCAAGAGAGAGUCUUUUCCCUUUAAAAACACCCUUUCUUUUCUUGAAGGACAGUCAAAAGAAUGCUUCCUUUUCUUCUUUACGCAUGAUAUUUUCAAACCGUGGUCUUUUGUCAGUCAUCUUCGUAGUAAGAAAAACUUACGGAUUAAUAGAAGCAUUGAGAAUUGAAAAUAUAACUAAAUCGUACAGAAAUUGAGAAAUAUCGUCGAUAAAUUUACGUUUAAAAUCAAUUAAACAAACAUUUAAUGCAAUUUUUGUAAACUUCAUUCAAUUCGUAAAAAUCAAUGAUAAAUUCAUUUAUCAUUUAUCUAAUCUCGUAUUUAUCUUUUGUAAAACAUUAUACACAAUAUAACUAUUAAGUGCGAUAAAAUAACAGAUUUACGAAAUUCUCGUAUCAUAUUUCAUGGUUGCAUACCUACGUGAAAUUUUGCAACGAUUCGCGAAAUUUGGCUCCCGACUUCUUCUUUGGCAUUUUACUUGCUGCUAAAAUUAUCUUACACCCUCGGUACUGUCGACGCGAAAAAUUAUAUUGUAAUUUUUUUUUCCUUUUAUUUUUAUUUUUUUUUUAUUUUUUUCCCUAAGACAGAAAUUCGCUGCUGUAGAAUGAACCGCGAAAGAAUUAAACUGAACCAUGUUUAAUCGAUCGCAUUAAUAUUCUUAGCACGUACCAUCGCCAAAAGCGUAUGUCGUAUAUUCAAAAUACAAUACAUCAUGCUGAAUAUAAAAAAAGGCCAAGGUUUGUUCCAUAUACGAUCGUUUAAAAAUGUAUUUAAUUUGUAAUUAACGGCGAAGUUAACCGCUAGUACGCUAUUGCUAUACGGAACAGUUGAAUCGUGAGUGUACUUUACCGCAGAACGUAACAUCCGAUACUUUGUCAUAUUAUGCAAAUUAAUGGUUUCUUAUUGAAGUUAUAUGACAUUAAUAUAGAACUAUUAUAAAUGAGGAUAUUUCAAGAUAUGCUACGUUCACGUAGAGUUCUUGAUUCAAAGAAAAUUUUGUCGAGUGAUUAUAGUUACUUUUAGUAUAUAGCGAGCGUUCAACGAUAACUAUAGUCAUCUUUAGUACUGAUUAUAAUUUAAUCAACGAACGAGUCUACGAAUAAAACAAAGUUAUGAGUCCAAUGAUUUUUAUUGACCCUCAACAAUUAUUGACUCAUUCUUUUGUUUUAUUCUUAGAGUCGUCCAUUGGCUAACUACUUCAUAUAUUUACUAAAUUUUUAAACCAUUUUAAUUCAAUACUGAGUUAUUGAUAAACUACUCCAUAGAUUUCCUUAUCUUUUCUACCGUUAAAAAAUUAUAUGCUUUAUAUAUCUCGUACAUAUACGUAUAUAUAUGUGUGUAUCCAUGUAUGUAUACGGCAUGCGUAUAUGUCUACAUAUAGUUAAAUUAAAAAAAAAGUUAAAGGAAUAGUUCAAGAAAAUAACAAAAAUAACAAAUUAAUAAAAAACAAAUUAACGAAAUAACAACAAUAACAAAAAUAUAUGAAUAAUACCGAACAUGAUCAUUAAUAAGAACAUUGAUAACCGAACACUUAUACUUGUUUGCAAUAAUAUUCGAUUAGAAACAAUCGAUUUAUUUAUUUUUUUUUUCGGACAACAAGGAAAAAUCGCAAGAACAUAACAAUAAAGUAAACUAACAAUAAAUAACGUUCAGAUAUUUUUGAAAACAAAUGAAUCAGCAGUUGUUUGUUUCGCAUCGAAGAAACAGCAGGACAGUGAAUUUGUUUCAAAAAUUCUUGCACGUAUGUAUAUGUAACAAAAAUUAAUCUAGAAAUUUAUUAUUUUUCAUAUAAUCAUAUCAUUCAUUAAUAAAUUACUCUGAGGAUAUGUGUGAGAGAGAGAAAGACAGAGAGAAAAAGGAAGAAAAAAAGAGAGAAAGAAAGAGAGAGGGAAGGGAAGAAUGAAAAAAAUAUAUAAAAGAAGAACGACGACAUUAAAACUAAGAAACGAAUGUAUAUACAAUUCAUACGUAUAACGCUUGAUCAUUGGAUCAAGAAUCAAAGCUUCGAUCGAGCGAAACCACUCGGGUCUUUAAAGCCGAGACAUACAUACAUAUAUACAUUCGAUUGUAUCUGACUUCCAUUUGCCCACCCUUUACAUUCAAUCCUACAGCGCACAUGCGCCGCAUGAGCGAUCAUGCUCCAUAGGCGCAGUUAAAAUGAAUUUCUAACAGUAGUGUAAGUGACAGGCAACUCGUCACCAUAUGGUCGAAGAAAUGGGUGUUUUCGGUUAGCAUUUAUCGCGUGUAAAUACUAGACGCAAAACCAAUUCGCCGCGGCCACGGCGAUGAAAUGGAUAAUAAUUUCUUCAGGUGCAGGCAAAGGAGCUGCAGUCAUGGAAGAUCCGCAAACACCAGGAUCGGAUUGCAAUUCCAAUCCUGCAACAGAUUCUAUGCAACAGGACCUUAUUGGUUCAGACUUUAUACAGGACAAUGUGGAGUAUCAGUGGUGUACAGAUUAUGGAUACAGAGAUGGAGGAUUACAUGUCCAUCCAAGUGUUCUGUCUUCGCUCUCUGCAUCAUAUUCUCGGGAAGAUGUGGGUUAUUAUGAUGACUUGUCUCGUAAUUUGGAUGCUAAUUUAGCAGAAAUUGAUAUGGAAAGUUUUCGUAGUGCAGACAUCCACACUCUUCUUACCGCUUUACCAGUUAUGUGUACUGAUCCAGUCCAACAUUCAGAGUUUAACUAUCAAAGGGAACGUUAUGCCAGCAUAUCUGGCUCCGUCAUGGAAAAACUUGACAUCGGUUCUUCAAUCAGCCCACACACCAGCAGCCAGGGAGAAGAAUCUGCUUGUUCAACAACUGAUACAAUGUCUAUAUGCAAAUCAUCAUUAUUAUUCUCUCCUGUGAAAGAAACACCUGUGCUACCGCCAGCAGGUAGUUACAGUGUAGAUUCAUUGGACUGUGAAGAUAUGCUGUUAACUUGUCAAGCAAAUAAUAAAAAUAAUUAUACGAUUGCUUUUGAAGGUAGUAUUACAAUGUACUCUGAUAGUUCUCCAGAUUUUGAAAAUCAAGAAAAACCAGAAACAUACGAAGUACCAGAAACUUAUUACAAAAAAAAGGGGGUGCGAAGAAAUAUAUUAGAUUCGUCGAUGGUGUGUUCUGAUUCUAAAAUAUACACUACUUGGAGUAAUUUAAAACAUUCUUCCAUGAACAAGGUUAUAACUCGACAUCCUUCGGGCAAUAACAAUACCAUUCCAAAUUUUUUACAUGGAACAGGAAAUACAACUAUAUCUAUGAAUAAAAGGAGUCAAAGCCUACCAGAUCUUACAAGAAUUCAAGAAUCACCUGCUAACAUUCAUCUAAACUUUUCUGUUGAUUCUGCUGAAUCAAAUAACCAUCCAUUACAAUCACACAAUUCAGGCUCCGCAAUGAGUCGAUCUGUAAAUGAAGAAAAUUCCGAUGGUAGCGGAAAUAUUUCUUCUGGGAAAAAGUUACAAAAUUUAAGCCUAGUAAAAUUGUUUAUGAAGCAAAAGAGUAUGAGUGCUGAAGGAAUGAGUCUUACUUUGGAUCAAUCUGACUCUAUCAGUGAUAGUGGUUGGCCUACAAGCAAUAGUGCUAGUGAUAGUGGAACUAAUACGAAUACACAAAUACAGCGACAAAAUAUAAAUACAUGUACUCGUCCACUUCCUGAGAAAGAUUUUUCUAUAAAUUGGGUUCGUAGCGAUUGUUAUAAUAAUAAAGAAGUAGAAAGUCAAAAAGAUAAAUUUGCUGACAUUCCAAACAAUUUUACAAACAAUAAGGAAAAUAAGGAUGACAUGAUUUCAUCUGCCUCGGUCGAAGAAUUAUCGGAAAGCAUAACUAAAUCAGAACUCGUACAUGACAGUGAUAUCGAACAAAUAGAUUUUGAAGUUUCACAGGAUGACUUGGAAUGCCAUACAAAAAAUUUACGAGUUUUUCAGACGGAAAAUAAAUCUGUAAUAUCUAAGACAACAGGAAUUCAAGCAAUGGUCGAAACAGAAGAUAACGAAGUGCAAACGUCACUAAUUUACAAAGUACCUGCAGAAAAAGAUAGCCCUUCUAUACGGGAAACGAUAGUUAAUAAAAGGCCUGUUUAUGUUAUAUAUCCUAAUUAUACGUUACCAGAUCUUUCAUUUCUUAAUAUUAAAGAUACGAAAUUGGACAAUGUUGCGUUAAAGCCUCAAUGUUAUGAUAAAAGUAAACCAGGAUGGAAACAUUCUAAUAGAUGUAACAGACCAUUCUCUUGUAACGAUAUCGAUGCGCUUAAACAACGUGGAUUUUCACACGUUAAGGAUUGGGAGUCGCUAACAUUCCUUUUACCUACUGAAUAUAAAAAAAUAUUACACGAUGUGCCAGAAGUUUCAGAGCAUAUCAAUAUCAAUGAACAAACUAAAAAACCAUUGUUUUGUUUAUCUCCUCCAAUGCGACAUAAAACAAGACCAAUAAGUGAACUUAUACCAAAUAAUACUUCCUCAACUAGUAGUACUGCUACACAGCCAUCUUCUGGGUAUCGAGGCUCAUCUACGAUCUUGACGGAUUCCUCUACAAACCAGCAACUACUUUCUAAUAACGUAGCUAAUCCAUUAUACCUGUAUCGCUAUGAUAGCAUUAGUUCUGAAGCAAGUUUAGUCAGCAAUGAUAAGAAAAUGCAUAGGGCUGUUAAUCAUGCAAAGCAGACCUAUCCUAACUUACCUAAACGAUCCAUUUCAUUACCUUAUGGAGAUAGAGAGUCUGAUUGCUGCAAUGGCAAAGUGCCACCAAGACCUCCUUUACCAAGAAGUAUCUUAAGAAAGAAUAAAGUUCCCACAAGUAAGAGAUACAGUAUGUUUGAAAUGGGAGGAGUGGAAGAGGUAGAAGAUCAAUGUCCUGAACCAAAUAAAAGAAUGUCGUUACAAGAACCAUAUUAUAUGAAUAAUGAUUUACAACUAUUAUGUCGCGGAAGAAUUAUCGAUUCAGAAAAAGACGUUGACGAGACAGAGGAAAAAUGUAAUACAGAGAGACUGAACGAAGUUGUUAAUAAUACAAACGUAGAUUAUGAAACUUCUCAAAAUAGCGAAGAUGAUGUAAAGCAAUUAGAAGAAUUUUUAAAACGUAGUGGUUUAUCGUCAGAAAGUAGCGAAGGAGAUAAUGAAGAUCCCGAAGUUAAAUUAAGAUCGUACGUGAGAAAAUUUUUAGCUCUUAGAAUGAACAAGGAUGUAGUCAAAAAUAUUGAUAUGGCUGAAUCACAAAAAAAGACUGUCAGUUUUGCUUUACACGAAAGAAAACGAUACUCGGACGAAAAACCAAAUAAUUUAAAUGCUCCGACUAAUGAGCACAACAAAGAUAGAUGCUUUCAAGAUCCAAAUAAAGAAAUUAAUCCUGAGAACAAAGUGGAUUUAGAAGAAAAAAGAAAUAUGAUAUCAUCCACGAGCAAAGCUGUUGAUUUAUUACUCAAGUAUUGGAAUGCUGAACCUACUAAUGGUCGACAGAAUUAUAAUGAUAAAAAUGAAUGUGCACAACUUUGUUUAAGUAAUCUCUGUCCAGCUUUAUAUGCUAUAAUGUCAGAUGGUCUAAAACCACAUUUGCAAUCUACUUUUGGUCCAAUAGCAAACAGUGUAUGGCAAGUUGUUGAAGCUUCUGCUCAGCAAGGACCCCUUACAAAAACAUUGAACGAGUUAGUCCAAAAGAUUAAUGGCGAAGAUAUUAUUACUGAGGGAAUGCUUAAAUUUCAUGCAUUUGUAUUUGGUCUGUUAAAUUUGAGGGCUUUGGAUGCUUGGUUUGCAUAUUUAUGUACAAGAGAAUCGAUUUUACGGAGACAUUAUAACAGUAAUAGUUUAUUUACCGGAGCAUUAGGAAAUACCGACGUUCGAGAAGUUGUUGAUAGUUUAUUAGAUAUUUUACAUCCUCUAGCAUUUUGCCCAUUUCAGCUUGAUCUUUUAUACCAAUAUCGACAAUUACAUAACAGUUUCGGUAAUAUGAAUAAUUAUAAUAUAAAUGGACUAAACUUUAGAAAUGUUGACUUACUUCAAAAAGAUCAUCAUUUUGAAAAAGCAGACAAUUGUGGAACUGUAUUAAGUCCAAGGAAAAUUCGUCCGCGGUCUUGUGUUAAUGUUUAUAAUGAUUAUGACGAUAAGUCUAACAUUGCACAUAAAACUGAUCUUGAAAAUGUUGUAAAAAAACGUUUUAGCAACACUGUCGGGACAAAAGUAUUGCAUGGUUUAGAAAAAUUAGCUUCUGAAGAUUCCGAAGAUUAUACUGAUAGCCUUGAACAUUCUCCAUUGAAUAGAGGAGCAACAAAACAAACGAUUCCUACUAAAUCAUUAAGUCCAGAUUCUAAAAUGGAUGAUGAAGAUACGAUUACCGGAGAAGCUAAAUUUAGAAAACUACAAGAGAAAUGGGAAUUGAUGGUUGGAAAAGAAGAAACUGGGAAAAACCAAUCGGGAACGACAUUACCCUUGUCGCCUAUGCGAACACCUGCAAAUUUGGGAAAAUCAAAAAUACCACGACUUUUAACAUCACCUAUUAAACAGCCAAAUGUAGCAAUAGGAUCUAUAAAAACUGUUAAGUCUCCUAUCUCUGGAAUACCUUCUUUGAAAAAACCGGUUACAUUGUCAACUACCAAAACAGUAUUAAUGAAACCAAUAGAAACAAGGGGGAAAGGUAUACAAGAAACUCGACGUACGAGUCGUGUAGAUCAAGACGUAGUCGGAACAUCGCGGGCUCAUUUGUCACGACCUAGCUCUUUACCUUAUAAAUCCUAUGGAGUUAUGUCGAAAGAGAAGAAUCUCCUAUCUCCUCAAAGACGAGCUGCUUCCACAUCUCUACCAAGGCCAAAUACAGUUACACGAAAUCCUCCGAGGAAACAACCGCUAAAAGAGGUUCGCACAGUUACAAAUAGGGUACCAUCGAGUAAUGGGCAUCUCUCAUUUGCAGAAGGUGAAAGAUUGAAAGUUAUAUUAGAAAUUGAUAAUAAAUGGUUAUUGUGUGCAAGAGGUGAUAGAAAAGGUUUGGUUCCAAGAAUGUGUGUGCAUACUAUUCAGACUUAGCCCUUCUAUUGAUAUUAAUGAGAUUCUUGAGUAAAUUGAUUAAGAAGUGAAAGUGAUGUGCUUUGAACGAAUGCAAAAAAGAUUAAUUAAAUGGUGUCGUAUGUACAGUGUAUUAAAGAAAAGGCAUAGUAUAUGAUUUUGAAAUUAUAAUUUAGUGAUGUUGCUUGCGAAGUCACUGUUUAAAGCUUCGUUUGCAUAGAUUCGUGAUAGUAUUACCACUCAUAAUGCCAUUGACAAACCAGCCCGACCGCUUUUCAUUUCUGGUCUGGCCAGCGCAGCGACUUCUGGACCCCUGCGAAAAGCUUCGCAUUUUCACAAUAUUGACGGCCGCCAUGGUCAACUCUUUACGUUUGUCUACCCAUUUUCGAUCUGAUCCCUGCUGGGACUUGCGCACCCCCAGACCUCCCUUAGUUUUAUCAUCAUGCUAAUUAUUACGCAUUACCAUUACAUUCAUAUUACUAAUUUUGCAUAAUAGCUACACUUGUUUUACUUGUUUCGCUUUUAUGCAUUAGGCACGACCGCUACUAUACACAAUAUUUUAAUAUUAAAAUAUUUCAAUUAAAUUAAUGAUUGAAAAUUAUUUUAAGAAUUGAACAAUUUAUUUAAAAUUUUAGGCAGAAUUUUAUGUUAUAAUAGAUAAAGGAUAGAAUUCUAAUUCUAUCAAAAAUUUUUCUUUUUGAUGACUAUAUAAAGACACUCCCUGAUGGUGGUAGUGGUCGUGACUAAAAAAUAUUAGAGGUACUGCUAGUCAUAAGCUUUUAAAACCUCAUUAUAUUUAAAUGAACAUAUACCUAUUUAUAACUAAAAUGUACAUAUAUACAGUAAUAUGAUGAUAAAGACACAACGGUCAUAUAUAAUAUAAUAACUUAUAAUAUUAUGAAUGUAACUGUGAUCAUAGCAAAUAGGUGCAUAAGUUGAUUGAUGCGAAUGUGCGAAAAAACUUCGUUUGAUUUUUUAUGUAAUUUUAAUAUUUCAAUCACGUCCAAUCUUCAUAAAACAUCAAUAUAUCGGUUUUAUUUAGCAUAUAAAUUAUUACCAUGUCGUGCGCUUAUGAAUCGCAAUAAUCACAUUUUUUUACUUGCUUCAUGUAUUUCUUAGUAUGUGACAGCAUACAGUGUAUUCAAAUAAAAUCUAUUAUAAUGACAUAUAUAUCACUGUACAUUUCUUUGCGCAGUGAUACGUUCCCUAUAGCAUAUUUUAAAAUUAUGAUAAAUAUUAAUAUAACUAGAGAACAAUGAUAAUAAUUAUUAAAAAAAAUAAAAACUAUUAUAUAAAUUCCAUUACCAAAGGAAUUAUAAUUUUUGCAGAAAUGGUAUAACAUUCUUGAAUAUUGUUAUGUUUUGUAUUUUCUGUCAUCAUAUAAAAUUGAUAUGCCCUAAUAGAAUUUGUUAAAAAUUUUGUUCAUGAAUAAAACAAUACUAUGAGUACUGUACCUUUACAUUUUACAAAGAGAUAAAACAAGUUGCUUGAAACAUAUCUGCCUCACACCAUUUUAACAGCAUUAUUCGUAAAUAAUAAACUGUGUAUGUUUGUAUAUGUAUAUAUAAAUAAAAUAUCCAUGUUUAUAAUAUUA